CAUCCGAGCUGUCAGGCAGAUCUGCGGGGGAAGUUGCGCAAAAAAAAGGAAAAAGAAAGAAACGAGGAAGGAAUUUUACACUUGUUUUCUGUUUCUCGCUAUAACGUGAUCCUGAAGCGCCGGUGAAACACACUCCUGCUGUUUGGGUUUAGAAACCAGGUACUUCAUGCGAGUUAAAGAGCUCCAACUCAAGUCCAUAACAGGUGACUGGUGACUGGGUCAUGGCAGGAAGAGGCGGUGCUACAAGACCUAAUGGGCCGAAUGCAGCCAGCAACAAAAUCUGUCAGUUCAAACUGGUGCUGCUGGGCGAGUCUGCAGUCGGCAAGUCCAGCCUGGUGCUGCGCUUCGUCAAAGGCCAGUUCCAUGAGUUUCAGGAGAGCACGAUAGGAGCUGCAUUCCUGACUCAGACGGUAUGUUUGGACGACACGACAGUGAAGUUCGAGAUCUGGGACACAGCCGGUCAGGAGCGCUACCACAGUUUGGCUCCGAUGUAUUACAGAGGGGCGCAGGCAGCCAUCGUGGUGUACGACAUCACAAAUGAAGAAUCAUUUGCACGUGCAAAGAAUUGGGUUAAAGAGCUUCAGCGGCAAGCCAGUCCUAAUAUUGUAAUAGCUCUGGCUGGAAACAAAGCAGAUCUUGCCAACAAGAGAGCACUGGACUUUGAGGAUGCACAGUCUUACGCAGAUGACAACAGUUUGCUUUUCAUGGAAACGUCAGCAAAGACGUCAAUGAACGUGAACGAGAUUUUUAUGGCCAUCGCGAAGAAACUCCCCAAGAACGAGCCACAGGCGGCCGGAACGAACGCAGGACGAAAUCGAGGCGUGGACCUGGCAGAGACAGCGCAGCCUGCCAAAGGGCCAUGCUGCAGCAACUAACCACCAAACUCACACAUUCUCACCUCCCAACUAACUCUGCAUCACUUCUGGACAUGGGGCGCAUCCUUCCAAACCUCGCUCCCUGUAACUGCUAAAGACUCUGUAUAGCUCUGUUUCUAAUACUUUUUGUUUUUCCUUUUUUUUUUUUUUUAAAGCAAAUAUAAGUACUUCAGUAUAAUGGAUGCAUGUAUCACUACAAAGCCUAAAUACACAUUUUUAACUUAACACAGGGGGACAGUUAAUUAGGUCGAAUGAGAAAGAAAGAUUGUGAGCUUAAUCGUGCGUGUGUGCGUGCGUGCGUGCGUGCGUGUGGUUAUAGUGUAGUAUUAAGGAUGUGGAAGCACAGUAGCAUGUCCUGGCUGGGUUUGGUGGCUGUUGGAUGCUUGUAUUUGCAGCUGAGUUGAGCUGUACGUGCAACUUUCAGUGUGUUUGGGUGCCAUAGUGGGGGAAAUAAAGAAAUCAAUCAACUGUGGAGGUCUGACCAGUCGGAAACAAAUGAUCACCGUAAUACAUGUGAAUGGUGAAAAGAAGCUGAUGUAUUUUGCAUGUUUUGACUGUCGAUCUGGUAAAAAAAAAAAAAAAAAAACUUUCCAUCUUAAAAAAAAAAAAAAAAGAACUCGAUAACUAGUAAAGCAUCCAAGAGUUUGUGAAUCUACCUACUUGUAAUAUAGACUCUUUUUUUUUUUUUGGUGUCUAAGCAAAGUUUGUCAAUGGGAAGUUAAUUCCCAAACAUCUUUGCUGACUUUUAGUUAAAAUUCAGCUCAGAUAUAUAUAAAAAAAAAAAUGUAAAAUGAAGGUAAAAUCAAACCUCUGCUUGUCCAAGCAAUUUGUUGUGUAGAGAAUGAUGAUCAUUCUACUUAAGCGCUCAUGGAUGAGUCUAAGAAUCCACUUCCACCUUGUCUCUUCUUUGAAACGAUUAAAGUAUUUGUGGCUGACGGCAGCCUCAGUGAAUCUGUUACUGUUGUGUAUGGGCAGCCCAGUCUGAUCUCAUCGUCGGACCUGAUUCGAUGAACAAAUGGGGUAGCGAUUGCGUUCUAUCCUCCUGUGUGGACUACUGUUGAUGGAGUUGGUGUUACUUCCGUUAACACUAAAGAACAGUAGUGAAAGCCUCCGUUCCCUCAGUCUCUCUUUCAGUACACGUCACAAAUGAUUCUUCAUAGCGCAUGGCUGACGUGCAUUAUUGUGAUGCAGUUUAGUACAGCUACAAAAACACAAGCUUUGAAGACUCUUUAAUGAUUUAUCUUUGGAAUAUAUUCUGGUCAAUGAAGGCAUUAGUGCCCAGUAGUAGAAAAAUUUCGACGUCAAGGUAGAAACCCGGUAUAUCUUGCUAUCUCCAUUUUAAAUACUACUAUAUGAACUGUUUGCCAUGAUGGACCGUAUGUAUGCACUUUUUUUUUUGUACAGUUCCCUUUACGUAAUAGUUUUCUUUUCACAAAUUGGCCAAAUAAUAAUGUCUUGAUGGUUGUCUUAUUUUUCCUUGUAUGUAGUGUUAUUAACAAAUCAACUUUACAUUUAACCCAUGGUCUGUCUAGUGCUUCUUUUGAGAUGCUAAAUGUUUUUUUUUUUUUUUUUUCUAUUGAAAUACUAUCAAGUUGCACAAAGUAUAAGUUGUAUUUUUAAAUAAGUCAUUAUGAGAUGAUGCCUACCUGGUGUCUCUGCAGUGUGAUCGAGCUGAAAUGGACCACAGUGGGCUUGAUUAGCAGCGCUGCUAAAUUGCCGCAGGUAGCUGAGGUAAUAUAUAUUGGCAGCCAGUUGAGAGCCGAAAACGAUUGAGUGAUGUAACAGCAUUAACACUGAGGGACUGACUGUUUUUUUUAAAUGUCCAGGUACUAGUUAAUAUUUCCAAUAAAGGGGGUGAAUUGUA